AUGGAACUACCGGGAUGGAAAGCUGCGUUGACCAUGUCUCAGCGCUACGAGACAAUCCAAAAAAUACAAGCCUCCCUCGCUACAACUAGCAUGAGUGAGGCCAUCGCCAUAGAACAGGCCGCCUACCAAAUCGCUUCUACUCAGGACGAGUACAAUCUCGCCUGUCAGCCAACCUCGACACCGACGCCUCCGCCUCCUCAGGAGGAAGAGGAGGGUGACUCUGGGAUACGCAUUGGGCCUUAUGGGAACUGUAGGCCUGUUUCGGAUGGUGUAACUUCAGAGGUCUUUCGUUCGGGUGAUAGGGCGCUUAAGGUCAUUGUGACUUAUCAGGAUAUUGAGCCGCAUAAUCCGCAGAGGGAGGCCAAGAUACUCAAGGGAUUGCGAGAACCGUGUAUUCCCCUCCUCGAAACAUUUCGCGAUCAGGAGCAGAGAUUCGUGCUGGUCUUUCCGUUCAUGCCGUACACUCUGGCAGACCUUCUCGCCAACGGUCCUUUACCGCUCGACGCUGUCCGAUCUAUCUUCCGAGAUGUUCUGCACGCCCUGAAGGAUAUACACGCACAAGGCAUCAUCCACCGAGACAUCAAACCGUCUGCAAUCCUCAUCUCAUCUCCAACUGGUCCAGCAUAUCUCUCCGACUUUGGCACAGCUUGGCAUCCCGAGCUAUCAACCCACUCAGAACCAGCAGAGGCUAAGAUCCUCGACAUCGGAACGGGCCCUUACCGCGCGAUGGAACCUCUCUUCGUACAUACAUCCUAUGGACCAGAGGUUGAUAUGUGGGGAGUAGGAGUAAUGCUUUCAGAAGUACUCCGCGAUCCUCCAACCCCUGUAUUCGAGUCUCGCGCGGCCCAUGAAAAUGGUAAUGAGCUUGGCCUUAUCCUCAGCGUCUUCAAAGCCAUUGGUACGCCCACGCCUGAGACAUGGCCUGAGGCAAAGCAGUUCAGGGUCGCACCUUUCGAGCUCUGGACUGUGUUCCCCGCUCGUCCAUGGGAAGAGCUUCUUCCGAAUGUAGACCCUGACUUCAUCGACCUCGUGUCAUCGCUCCUUCGCUACGAUAGUCAGCGACUUACUGCUGAGCAGGCUCUUGCUCACAAAGCCCUGGCCGUGAACCCGUGA